GAAUUUUCAGGCAUGACCAUGGAGAAAAGUGGGAACAUACAAUUGGAGAUUCCUGACUUCAGCAACUCUGUUCUGAGCCACCUCAACCAGCUACGAAUGCAAGGCCGUCUCUGUGAUAUUGUGGUCAAUGUGCAAGGACAAGCUUUUCGGGCUCACAAAGUAGUACUGGCUGCCAGCUCUCCUUAUUUCCGGGAUCACAUGUCCUUGAAUGAAAUGAGUACUGUGUCCAUUUCUGUCAUCAAGAACCCGACUGUUUUUGAACAGCUCCUUUCCUUCUGUUACACGGGGCGAAUAUGCCUGCAACUAGCAGAUAUUAUCAGCUACCUAACAGCUGCUAGUUUUCUGCAGAUGCAACAUAUCAUAGACAAAUGUACACAGAUCCUAGAGGGCAUUCAUUUCAAAAUUAAUGUGGCCGAAGUGGAAGCAGAAUUAAGUCAAACGAGGACAAAGCUCCCAGAGAGACCUCCAGAGUCUCACAGGGUUACACCAACUCUCAACCGCUCACUUAGCCCGCGACACAAUACUACAAAGGGGAACUGGAGAGGACAGGUCAGCGCUGUGCUGGAUAUCAGAGAGCUCAGCCCCCCUGAGGAGUCUACCAGUCCCCAGAUAAUCGAACAGAGUUCUGAUGUAGAGAGCCGGGAGCCCAUUCUUCGAAUCAACAGAGCAGGACAGUGGUAUGUGGAAACAGGAAUCGCAGACCAGGGGGCGCGGAGUGCUGAUGAAGUUAGGGUUCUUGGAGCAGUACACAUCAAAACUGAAAAUCUGGAAGAGUGGCUUGGACCAGAGAAUCAGCCUUCCGGAGAAGACGGGAGUAGUGCAGAGGAAGUCACAGCCAUGGUGAUUGACACCACAGGCCAUGGUUCUAUAGGACAAGAAAGUUACGCCUUAGCGUCUUCAGGAGCCAAGGUAGCUCGGCCAACCAGCAGUGAAGUUGAUAGAUUUAGUCCCUCCGGCAGCGUUGUUUCCGUGACAGAAAGAUACAGAGCCAGAAGUGAGUCUCCGGGGAGAAUGGAUGAGCCGAAGCAACUUAGCUCCCAGGUAGAAGAGUCAGCAAUGAUGGGAGUAAGCGGCUAUGUGGAGUAUCUCCGAGAACAGGAAGUAUCUGAGCGGUGGUUCCGGUAUAACCCCCGUCUCACCUGCAUCUACUGUGCCAAAUCUUUCAACCAAAAGGGAAGUCUGGACCGCCACAUGCGCCUGCAUAUGGGAAUUACACCAUUUGUCUGCCGAAUGUGUGGCAAAAAAUACACCCGGAAAGAUCAGCUGGAAUAUCACAUCCGCAAGCACACAGGCAACAAGCCUUUUCACUGUCAUGUUUGUGGCAAGAGUUUCCCCUUCCAGGCCAUCUUGAAUCAGCACUUUCGAAAAAACCACCCUGGCUGUAUACCGCUGGAAGGGCCUCACAGCGUUUCUCCUGAGACAACUGUUACUUCUCGGCAAGCCGAAGAAGGCUCACCGUCGCAGGAAGAGACAGGUGCCCCUGGGGAAUGUGCCCAGGGCUCAGUGUCUACUACUGGGCCAGAUUGAAACACUGGGGGGGAGGGGGCAGACCCUCCUUCCCCUUUGGGUUGUAACCAGCCCAUAUCAGGACCAGGGGCUGGUGCUUAGAUUCACAAAAUGCCACAUCGCUCGACUAGAAGAUGUUCCCAUGGUGUUGCCAAAUUAGAGGAUCCACGUGCAGAAAGCAUUAAGGCUUUUCUCCUCUUUCCCACCUCACACUUUGGAAAAUAAUCAAGCAAAUCAGCUUCUAAUUCAGGGAUCAACAGCCUUGGUUUGUUAACUUUAUAAGAAAACAAUGUUUUUAACAAAACUGAUCAGUGAAUGGUCAUUUAUCUACCAGUCAUGAUUGAACACUGUACUUAGGUCCAUAUCAUCUUGGUGGGUGAAAUCCUAGAUCUAAAAAAGCAACAGGAGCUUUGGGCAACUGAAGCAGCCUAUCAGAAGUAGGAAAGGUAGUCACAACGGAGAGGAAGGGGAGUCUUUCCUUCCUCUUCCCUGCCAGAGCAUGCAUUUCCAUAUUUUAAGAAAAAAAAAAGAACGCUGGUGAUUCUUAUUAUCUAAAAUGUUCGGCUGUCUUUGCCCUGAGAAGGCAUCUAAUACUUUGCCUGGUUGUUUCAUGUGAUUGGCUACCUUGGAGCAGUAUCACCUGAAGCACGUUAGGCAGGUAGAAGAAGUAAAGUGAGCAGCCAAGCAUUUCCAGUGGGCACUUGUACAUCUGGGAGCUUGAGAAGGAGAAGCAGGGAAGGAAGUAUUUAUGCUUUGCAAAUACCAGACAGCACAGAGCUGAGCUGCAGUUUUCUGAUUGGUGUUUGUAAGCUCUGACACUUGCAUACAUCCACAAUAGUUACAAAAAUGUUUCUGGUCCUGUUAGGCUGACUACCAAAACUGCAUCCUCUUCAGCUCCUAGUUUCAUAUAACAGCAAUAUUGUACAUCAAAAAUGUCACUUUCCAGUGAAAUGAGUCUGGAUUGUAUUUUUAAAUCCACAGGUCUCCACAUUUGAUAAUUUUUAUAUGAAGUUUUUAAACAGGUUUUUUUCUGCAAUACUGUAGUUGAAGAGAGAUUCAACGUUGUUGUUCUUAUUGCACCACAGUUUCAUUUCCUUCUACGCGUUUUGUACUUUAUAUUUUCAGUCCAGUGAAGAGCUUCACUUAAAUCUAUGUCUUGGUUGUGCAAAUCUAUAUAUAAUUCAUCAACCAAUUAGCAAAUUGCUGGUGACUCCGAGAGCUUUGUUUUUUGUUUUUUGUUUUUUGUUUUUUAUGUUUUAAAUAAUACACUACAGGGCACUUCACUUACAAGAAACUAUCUUGCACAAUCAUGUUGCAAUAAAUGAUCAAGGGAUCAAUUUUUAUCAGGUGUGGUUACAUAAUCAUUCCUAAGAUUUUUGUAAAACUUCAAGGGACUUUCUUAGUGAUUUUGAGGUUUUUCUGAGAUUCUUAAUCCAGCUCUGAAAGAAUUUACCAAACACAUAGAGCUUUAUAUGCCCUGUCUUGAAUGCAGAAAGAGAGUAGGAAUGUUAAACAAUACAGGCAAAAAGAUGCUUGAAUUCUACAGUGCAAAUAGAAGUCUCUAGAUUCUCAAAUGAUUUUUAAAGAAUAUUUAAAUGUGUAAUGGUUUAAGUAAUUGUUUUGGUACAGGGAUGUGGACGAAGCUAAGAGAUUUGGGAGAGGGGCUGGUCCUGCCUGCACUAGUGAGCCAUUGAUGAGAAUGGGAAGUUUGUGCUCCUUCCCUGUGAGCACCUGCCUUGUGGUGUGGAAAGGGGGGAAAUACAUUUUUGAUGGUAAGAAACUGGAAUGCAAAGGGUAGCUUUAAGCAAUCUGAGAAUUGUAUAUACUGUAUCACUAGAGAAAGGUUUUCUCUUCUGACAAAGUAUAGAAAUUCGUCUUUUAAAGGAUCUUAUGGUGCUCCAGUUGAAGAGCCUGCCCUGAAAAGCAGCACUGGAGAGUAGUCCCUUAUCUUUGAUGAUCAUAGGCAAGCUUCUUGCUACUUAGUUGGGCAACAGCAUAACAGUGAAGACUGUCUCCUAGAGCCACCUUGGGGAUUACUGUGCUCUGUGGCAUAGAAACAGAGUUGAAGUUCUCAGAAAACAUUUUAGCUAUAUUCGAGGCUUUCAGUGGACAGACAUGGUCAUUACUGAACAGGCAGGGAGCUGGGAAGUACAGAAGAUGCUGCUUUAGAUGAAUUUUUUUUUAAGCCAACCAAAAAUAUUUUAAGUCUACCCUACUUUUGAAAAGUUAAGUUGUAUGCUGAAAAGUUGUUUUUUGCAUUGUUAGCUUUUUAGGUUAUAUGUGAGAAAAUAGAGCUUUUAACUAUUACCAAAUUAUAAAGUUCAAGUGCAGUAAUUUCUGUAAAGAGAAACUUCAGAGCACUUAUCAGCACUCCAUCCAAGGUCAGCCACCAACAUCUUGAAUGGGGUAGAGGUUGUUACAUUCGUGUGGAGGUGUUAGGCACGUGUGGGGGUUCCCCUCUGUUUUCACUCAUUUCUAAUAGGUUUUUCCUGUACUGAUACUGUGAAUAGACUGCUUCCGGUCCUAGGACCACAUCAGCACAAUCUUCUCUGCUGGUCUCUCCUCUAAUUGGCCUAGCCAGAGCCAUGAAAUUCAUGAGACUUCUAGCCAGGCUACCUUUGAAACGAAGUUUUCAAAUAUCCUCAUCUGUUUUAGUUAGAAGUGAUACCUUUCUAAAUAUCCAGGAUUCUUACCCAGAUUCACUGUGACAUUGUCCUACUUCUUUGCUAGCAUCACUGUAGGGUCAUAAGGGUGAGUAGUAUACUGUCUAUGUGAAUGAAUACGGUGUGUACAAGAAGUAUGCUCAUUCAGGGUGUACUAAAUGGACUUUAUCUGAUGCUGAAACUUACUACCAAAUCUUGACUUGCACACGUCACCUUGUAAGGGAACUGCAUUAACAGUGGGAGCUAAAUCAGUCGAUAACCUAAUGCCAUGAAACUGCAGUGUAGCCAGGACUAUUCCGAUUGAGAGGCACUCAGCAGAGGAGCUAUCCAGUAUUGUCAGAGAAAGCAGAGAGUUGGCCACAUGGGUGUAUCUGGUUUCACUCUAAAUAGACUUUUAUUCUCUCGGAAUCCUGAUACUGAUAGAAACUGUGGCAUUCACAUGGCAGUAACACUGUAUUUACUCAGAAAGGCUCUUCCUAAUGAAUUCUUCUCUUUUUACUCAGAACCGUAAUUACCUCUAAACUGAGUUGAAUUUUAUUUUGUGUAAAUUCCAAGCAAUUCCAUAGUUUUUUGGGGGGAUUGUUUUGUUUUUGGUAUUUGAGGCA